GCCGGCCUCCCGCCGUUAGAGCUUCACUGAGCUCGGGGUCAUGCUGCAAUCUUAACGGAGUCUGACUGAUGAGUGCGGAGCUGUGGUGUCGGCUGCUUCGUUCUUGAGCCCAGCCUCCGUCGGCCGUGUGUUGAGUCGCUUUCCCGGAGUAUUUUGUGCGGGGUUGAAGCCGUUCGUCCAGGAUGUCUGUGGCCGGGCUGAAGAAGCAGUUCCACAAAGCCAGUCAGCUCCUCAGUGAAAAGAUCAGCGGGGCGGAGGGGACGAAGCUGGAGGAAGACUUCUUAGAGAUGGAGCGGAAAAUCGAGGUGACCAGCAAGUCGGUGCUUGACCUCCUGUCCAAAACAACAGAGUACCUCCAGCCUAACCCAGCGUCUCGAGCCAAACUGAACAUGCUGAACACGAUGUCCAAGAUCCGAGGGCAGGUGAAGACCACCGGCUACCCCCAGACCGAAGGCCUGCUGGGCGACUGCAUGCUGCGCUACGGCCAGGAGCUGGGAGAGGACUCUUUGUUUGGAUGCGCUCUGGUGGAUGUGGGUGAGGCCAUGAGGCAGAUGGCAGACGUGAAGGACUCUCUGGACAUAAACGUCAAACAAAACUUUAUUGACCCCCUGCAGAAUCUACAGGACAAGGACCUCAAAGAGAUCACGCAUCACCUGAAGAAGCUGGAGGGCCGCAGAUUAGACUUUGACUACAAGAAGAAGCGUCAGGGGAAGAUCCCGGACGAGGAGAUCCGGCAGGCGGUGGAGAAGUUCGACGAAAGCAAAGAGCUGGCUGAGAGGAGCAUGUUCAACUUCCUGGAGAACGACGUGGAGCAGGUGAACCAGCUGUCAGCACUGAUCAAGGCGGCGUUGGAGUACCACCAGCAGUCGUGUGAGAUCCUGCAGGAGCUCAGUGGGAAACUGCAGAAGAGGAUAUCCUCGGCCAGCAGCCGGCCCAAGAGAGACUUCAAGCCAAAGUCGAUCAGGAGCAGCAUCGAGGCGCUCGACAGCAACCAGCACAACGGCCUGUCCUACAGCUCCUCGCUCAAGUCCACAGAUACGCAGAUCAGCCACACACUGAACGGGAAAACUGAUCACAUAUCAUCUGUGCAGCUGUCAUGGCCCGACACCCCCGCUACCAACGGCAACGCUCACCAGCCGGAGGUUUUGGAUCAGCCCUGCUGUCGCUCCCUCUACGACUUUGAGCCGGAGAAUGAGGGCGAGCUGGGCUUCAAAGAAGGCGACAUCAUCAUCCUCACCAACCAGAUCGACGAGAACUGGUACGAGGGCAUGAUCAACGGCGAGUCCGGCUUCUUCCCCAUCAACUACGUGGAGGUCAUCGUCCCCCUGCCUCAGUGAAGAGCGCCACCGCCGGGCCUCCGCAGACUCUCCUCGGCCCGACUCGGGCGUGAGCGUGCGGCGGAUUCUGUUUCGGACCACAGACGCGGCUGUUUCGUCCCGGCCGACUUCAGAUUAAACGUCUCAUUUACUUUUGUCGUCUGUUGAUAUUUAAGAACCUGAACGGAAACCCGAGCCUUUAACGGGGCCUGUCGCUCCGCCCACCGUCCAGCACCGCCGCCUCUGCCGGGUAUCCCGACGCCGCCGUCCGACCACUACGAACAUUUCCUCACUUUAUGGUCACGCUAGUUCUGCUAAAAGUCACCUUUCAAUGUUUCCUGGUUGUGUCAAAAAUGAUGUGUUGCAAAUCAGAAUCAGACAGGAAGUGAGCCGCUCCACAUUCCCACAAUCCAAGGAUGGAGGUGCUUUUAUUUUGAAAUGGAGCUCGGCCGGGUUCUGGUUUUAAUGUGAGAGACGUGAGCGGGUGGAGUUUGGUCUGUGUGACUUUGUUUGAGGCCCAAAUCUCAUCCACUUCAUCCUGACUUCACUUUGUUUCUUUGCUUUUGUAGUUUCGGCGUCGUUUCUGUCCUUGGUUACAGCUUCACGCUGAGACUGGGACGUGGACAGCAGGAGACGUUUUAAUGGUUUCAGAAACACGAGCAGUCAGGCGAUCAGUCGUGUUUCCAUUUUGGAGCCACGGCACAUAGAAAAAUCACAUGGCACCAAAACCAUAGUGACCAUUUUUAGCCCCCACUGCACCGCCUGCUCGCCUCACUCUGCGUUCUGUGAUGGGGUUUGGUGGCGGUCACGUGCCGGUCACGUGCCACGCUCUCAGAUCUCAGCGGUUAGCACAGGCGUGACCCUAACGGACAGAAACGGUGACCCAAGCUCCAAAAACCCAAACUUCACCUUCUGUAAGUCAGAGUAUUUCAAAUGUGAAGCUGAAUGUUUGGCCUGUGUUGGUUUUCUCCACUGGAUUUGACCUUUCUGUUAUUCUGCUGCCCUCUCGGCUCCGACGGCCGGUCUGUGUUUAAACCCGUCUUCACGUUUGCCCGCCGGACGCGUGCACGGCGUCGCUCUGAAUGUGUCUCUCUGUGUUUACAUGCUCUGACGGUUCGUUCUCAGGAUCGGGGACGCCGCCUCGUCCGACAGCCUGAAGCUGAUGUUUGAGCUGUCGUCUGCACUGAAGCUUUUUAGCCUUCCACGUCGCACCUUCAUCCUCCUCUUCAGCACUUUGAGUUUUUCACACAAUCACAGGCAGAUAACCACAGAUCUUUGUCCUGUUCUGUGAGACUGAAGCAAGUGUCUGUUUCUCAUCUUCAACCUGAAGACGUCUGUGAAACUCGUCCAGCUCCUAGUUUUAGUGGAUGAGUCUGAGGCUUUUAACCAGCUGCCGUCUGUUUAGUCACCAAAUAAGAAGGAAACCAACAAACGCCGUCCUCUCUUUGGCUUUUUAUUUAGUUUCACACUUAUUUGAUCAUAUUUUUGUAAGAAAGCUCCUGUUUUUAUUUCCCAUCACUGUAGAUCAGCCCCGGCUCCGUGUGCACCGCUUUAAAGGACGCGUGUGAUGAUGAUGAUGGUGUCUGUGAGACAGCUUGUGAUGGACUAGCAGCCUGUCAGAGACCCAGAGUUGGACACGUGACUUAGCCCGAGAACAGCAACGUUUCAAAACUUCGCAUCAUUAAAGUCCAACGACACGUGAUUGACGUGCUGAGAGAGAAACAAAAAAGACUUUUUUAAACGACCACUCGGUGACGUUUAUGGAAACAUCGCGUUGGUGCUUCAGGGUCAGAAGUCUUCGUCAGCAGCGUGCGAGCUGUGCAGACGUCACACGACUCUGUUAAUUGCGGCCUUAUUUGUCGAGACGAGUCAGAGCAUCAGAACAUGAACUGAAGCUUACCUGUGAGUAGGCUGGAGUUCAAAUUAAAGUUUACCUUCAGGUCGGACGAUUACGCGUGAUUUAUUACGUCUCGGUUUACGGCGCCAGACGCUCUGAUCAGAGGUCAACAGUCACAGCACAGCAGGUUUAUUUCCACAUCGAGUGAUCUGGCUGUGGUCUGAUGAUCGCGUCGCUUCUGUUAGUUCGUCUUUUUCAGUCUGUUUCUGCCUGAGGUCAAAUCAGCAGGUGGCUGAACGUGAGGAAACUGUAUGAUCUGUGAUUUUAGGCUUUUAAUUUGAAAGUUUAACAGGAACUGAGCCCAGUAAAACCGUGCUUACUCUUUACUCCAGCGGAGAGGAGGGUUUGACCACCUCAGAGUUCUUCCACCUGUUUUUGGUGUUAUUGUAGUUUUUUACUGUGGUCCAAUCGCAGACGCUCGGCUGCGUCUUUGAUCCAAACCUGAUUCGGCUCCGUCGUGUUUGGAUCCGCUCGACCAGCUGUGCUGGACUCUUACUGUUAGCUUCAUUAGAUGUAUGAGGAUUUUUUUAUUUACAGUUAAUUAUGAGUUUGGGGGAGCUCUUACCUACACAGAGGACGUCCUCCACAAACAAGAGAGGAGUUGUGAAAUGAGCGGACCCCCCCAGCUUUAUUUUUCACCACAAGCACUCUUUCCAGCUUCUUGUCGCCCGGACCUCUCUACACGGCUUCCUCCACUACACACUUCUCCCCACGCCUCCAUCACUAUAAAGGGGGGACGGUCAUUAGCACCAUCAUAUUUCACCUGUCCCCUCUCACGUCCUGGCACCGCCCCUCCACUGCAGCAGGCCAGAGACCACACCCCUGCCACAGAGACCACACCCCUGCCACGGGAGGAUUUUUAAAUGCAUUUAUCAUAAAAACACCCAGAUGUUUUGUUUACAGGCUGCAGACACGAUGGGCCUUCCCCACACUCCCACAGUGAGAAUAACUGACUCUUUGAUACACUAAAACAAACCGCUCUCUCCACCCCGCGCCUCCGUUUGCCUUUGCAGUCUCAGUGUUCAGUCUGCAAACCUCUUCCCUGCACAGGAAACGUCACAGUUCUGUGUUUUAGUUUUUCAGUAGCAUAAUUUAUGUAAAAGGUGUUUUAUAGAUGUUGUAAAUGAAUAUAUUCCAAAAAUAUAUUGCGUAAAUAAAUGAGGAGUAAAUAUCGAG